ACGUCAGGAGCCCCAUGACUGGCUGUCACUUCCGCUGGGAAGAGAAGGGCUGGCAGGGAAGGAAGCGUAGAGAAGCAGCGGGUUCGGCGGAUUGAACUGGACCGGCCCUGGCCACACGCAAGCACCUGACACCGAGCACACAGCAGUUUUGAAAAAUGACAUCCAGGAAGAAAGUGCUGCUUAAGGUCAUCAUUCUGGGGGAUUCUGGGGUCGGCAAAACUUCUCUUAUGAACCAGUAUGUGAACAAGAAAUUCACCAACCAGUACAAGGCCACCAUAGGGGCUGACUUUCUGACCAAGGAGGUGAUGGUGGAUGACAGGCUGGUCACAAUGCAGAUAUGGGACACGGCCGGACAGGAAAGGUUCCAGUCCCUCGGCGUGGCUUUCUAUCGAGGGGCUGACUGCUGUGUGCUGGUUUUUGAUGUCACCGCACCGAACACUUUUAAAACUCUGGACAGCUGGAGGGAUGAAUUCCUCAUCCAGGCAAGCCCCCGAGACCCCGAAAACUUCCCGUUUGUCGUCCUGGGAAAUAAGAUAGACCUGGAGAACCGACAAGUCACUACAAAGCGAGCCCAGGUUUGGUGCCACAGCAAAAAUAGCAUUCCCUAUUUCGAAACGAGCGCCAAGGAAGCGAUAAACGUGGAACAGGCUUUUCAAACAAUCGCACGAAAUGCACUUAAACAGGAAACAGAGGUUGAGCUGUACAAUGAAUUUCCCGAGCCCAUCAAACUGGAUAAGAAUGAUCGAGCAAAGGCCUCUGCAGAGAGCUGCAGCUGCUGAGUGACGGAGGAGGGCAACCAUGGAGUCCUUCGCUAUCAGAUAUCACACUUAGGCCUUUGAACACAAGACCCCUUUUCUCCCUGCCCAGAGCAUAAAGGAUAAUAUUAAUCGCCUGCACCCUCUCCAGCUCCUAGACACCGGUCCAAGUGGAAGCCAACACCUGUAUCAUAAGAACACAAUGGUUCUUUCACCCCACUACCCUGUGGACUAUAUACCCAUGUUGGUUUAACCCCUAUGUUGCCAGGUGGUCUGCAAUAUGCAUAGCUUUGCUGGCCCCUCUGGGUGCAAAGUGGUUUGACUGUAACACCAUACUGUGUUUAAUUCAACCUAUGUUAAUUUUUUUUGUCUUGUGGAGAGAGACCAGAAAUCAAAAGGUUAUCUAUUUUUUUUUUCUUUUUACAGUUGCGUGUCUAACAUAUUACAUGGCAUAAAAAAAAAUAAACCUUUUAACGGCUCUGUCUCCUGUUCAGAAAGGCUGCAUAUCCCAUAAUCCUUUGCAAGCUCAGCACCCAGUCACAACUAGGUUUUUGAGUUUUGUAUGUAUCUCUGUUAAUGCUUUUUUUUUUUGUUACUUUUUAACUAAUCGGAAACUUUUUACAGAAUCCAUUUAUUAUGUAAUGAUUCUUUAGGGGGAAAAAAAAAAUAAAAAAAAAAUCAUAUAGUACAUGUUAAUAUAUGCAACCAAUUUAAAAAAAAAAAAUGUAUAAAUUAGUGUAAGAUUAUUUUUUUUUUUUAUUAUUUACUGAAGUAUUGAAGCACAGGUAUUUAGACAGUACAGCGACACAUUAUUUCUGUGUGCUUGGCCUGCAAAAGUUAAGAAUACAUAUAAGAAAAGGCGCUUGUAGGAGCAGAUUCUUAACCAUUGAGUCUCUGACGUUGGCUGCCGCCCGUUCAUUUCACUAUUAUGAUCUCGUUUGCCUUCCUUAACUGCGAUUACAUCUGUAACCGUGACGUGCAUAUUGGAUAUAAUAUUUCGGUUAAGUGCAGGUAUUAAGUCAUCUGUUUUAUAAUCUCAUCACGACUGCAGGGGAAUUUGGGUACAUCUGUAGAUCUACAACUCUUCCCCCCGGGGCGUAAUAUUGUUUGUUCCUCUCUUUAGUGGCAGAUAAUGAGACCCCCCCCUCUCCCCUCUGCUCCUUUCACCCCCCCCGGACAGCAGAGCAGAUUAUUAUAGGUAAGAGACCCUUGGCAGUCUAUCUACCCCCUCUGUCUCUGUUCUUGCGUUUUGUAGCUUGCUUCCUUAUGACGAUUCUACUAUAUAUAUUUUUUUCUCCCCCCCUCCACCAGCCUACAUGUUACUGCGUAGGCUGAGUUCUGUAAAGAUGAUAAUGCCAAUAAACUUAACAAGGAA